CUGUGUUCCAUACUUUUUGUGAAACCAAAACAGACUGCUGUCCGGAGUGCUGCAAUCGUUAAAACACGGAUCAUCCAAUGUAACUUAACUUGUAAGGAAAGGUCUGCGGAAUUAAUUCCUGCCAGGAUGAUCUUGAGGAGUUAUGUUUUGGAGGCCUUUAUUCUCCUACUAGUCUGUGGGGGCUCUGCACAGGGACAGGAGAAUAAAACUCAGUACUACGAGCUGCUCAGGAAGACGUUUACCAAACUUACACAGGGUGAAUCGGAGCCAGAAAUUUUUCACAGAGAAAAUAUUACAACAAAAUUACAGAAUGUGCUAUCAAUGGAGUCAAUAUAUGACUGGGUCAUGCUCAUGAAGAAGGAUAUUAACAUGGCACUCACAGCAAGAAACAACAUUUCGGAGGCCUGCAGUGUGGGUCUACAGCUGUUUGUAGAUGGACUGCAAGAAAGAAAAUUGUGGGCUAUUAAAAUGCUUGAUGCUCAAGUAAAAGUUCCAAGUGGUGUUUUUGAUGGUGAUUUUGUGUGGCCAGGGCAGUACGAUCAAUGCAUCAAUAUUGACCAAGCAUUUCCAGACAUAUUGACCUAUAACAUGACUUUUUUGAUUCGAGGAAAGUACUUCCUGUUCAGCGUGCCGAAUACCUUGAUGCCAAGGUUGCCUUUUGUGAGUACUGAUCUAAGAAUGGGAAUCUGUUUGCCUGAUGUGUGUAAUGAAGCUGAUGUGACCAGGAUGCUUGAAAUAGUAUUUGAAUUGGUAUAUGAAGUCACAAAUGGGACCAUUAUAAAUCUGAACUAUGUGUACCAUCCUGAGACCAAGUUUGAGAUCACACCAGAGUUAAUCAUCGCCAGUGUGAUAUUUUCCAUCAUUGGUCUCCUGUUGCUGGUCGGUACAUUAUAUGACAUGUACAUUUAUCAAAAGAUGAAUUCGUCAGAGGUUGGUGAUGUCGGGAUGGAUGUGAAAGAUGAUUUGGGUGACGUUAAUUCAGACACCACACAUCUGAUGUCAGAUGGCUCACGAGUGACUGUGCUGACAAUCAAUUAUUACAAGACAUUGCACAAGAGAACAUUCAGAAAGUUUUUACUUACUUUUUCAAUGAGCACUAAUGGCAGUAAAGUUCUUAGUACGGAAACUCCGCCUCCUUCUGCUGUGCAGGCUGUCAAUGGAAUACGGGUGCUCAGUAUGGGAUGGGUCAUAUUAGGCCACACCUACUUUUUCACACUUGGCACAUCAAAAAAUGUGAUACCAACCGCUACAAACUGGAUACAGAGGUGGACUUUCCAAGUCAUCCUGAAUGGCAUCUACUCUGUAGAUUCAUUUUUUCUUUUGAGUGGAUUGUUGGUUAGUUUUUUGACACUAAGAGAGUUACAGAAGAGAGACGGAAAACUGAACUGGUUCUUGUUCUACUUCCACAGAUUCUGGAGGUUGACACCAGCCCUGAUGCUCUUUACAUUGUUAUACACAGCCUAUUUUCAGUACUGGGGAUCGGGACCUUUCUGGCCUAAGAAGUCCUUUGAUUAUCAACAAUGUAAAAAUAACUGGUGGAGAAACCUGCUGUACAUUCAGAACUUUUUCCCAAUCUCUGAACAGUGUAUUGGAUGGGGCUGGUACCUUGCCAAUGACAUGCAGUUUUUUGUGUUGUCACCAAUUUUGAUAUAUCCUCUGUACAGGAAGCGAGUGAUUGGUUACAUUUUAGUACUGGCUCUAUUGAUAAUGCAGGCAGUGUUUAGAGGAGUAAUGUCUGUAGAUCUGGGAAUGGGCCUGAAUUCACCACCCAAUCAGGAAGAAUUCUUUGAUAAGAUGUACCAGAGACCAUACUCCAGAAUAGCACCAUACCUUAUCGGAGUUCUAACGGGGUAUUUCAUGUGGAAAUCCAAAAGACAAGUCAAAUUGCCAAAAGUGUUUGUGAUCUUGGGAUGGAUUAUUGCCCUUGUUUGUGUCUCUUCUGUGGUGUUUGGGACCUUGGAGCAGAACAGAGGUCAUAAACAAUCGAUAUCUGUUAGCGCCCUCUACAAUUCCCUAUCCAAAACAACGUGGAGUCUGGGUGUAGCGUGGAUCAUUUUUGCUUGUAAUACAGGAUAUGGAGGAUUUAUUAACACAUUCCUGUCAGCUGGCUUGUGGUCCCCGCUGAGUCGCCUGACAUAUUGUGCAUACCUGGUGCAUCCAGUCAUCAUGUUCAUGUAUACACUCAGUCAAAGAUACACCAUGUACUUCACCGACAUAAACAUGGUGUGCCUUUUCUUAGGAUUUUGGAUGGCCACGUAUGUAGUUGCUUUCUUCGUUUCAAUGGCGUUGGAGGCACCAAUGAUUGGACUGGAAAAAUUGAUACUAAAAAGAAACAAAGAUUAAGAGUUGUCAAUCUUGAAAUUUUAUCUCUCAAACAUGAUCUGUGAUAAUUCCGACCUUUGCUGAUUUCCAACGAUGUGCCACUUUCAUUAUAUGGAAAUAGGAAUUUAUGCUUUCAUUGAGACUAAGUGUGAUGUAAAUUCUAAAGUUUAAUAUGUAAAUGCUGAUCAGCAAAACAGUCAAUCUGCAUUAAGUUUUGAAUGUAUUUAACUGAAUUAAUGUUCAUCAACUGCAUUUUAACCUGUACACUAUUCAAAAUCUCUUUUUUAAAAUCAGAAUUAUUUUUUUAUGUUGUUUAUUUUAUGAACUAUAUAUGUUAUUACAAAACUUGAUCUUGUACACAUGAAAUCUCACAUUAAAUUUUGCUCUUUUAAGGUAUUUUGAAAUUAUUUAGCACAGUGAUAUAGUUUUAAAAUGUCAAUAUAGCAGAAUAUUUGAAUUGUACCCACUUUUAACAUUUUUGUAUUAAUAAUAACACAUUUUGAAAAAUUCUCUUUUCUUACUUAAAUAUAUCAUGGUACAUGUAGUAAAAAAUUGUGUAUAUUUUGUAUAUAUUCAGUUUUAAAAUUUGGUUAUUUUUAGAGAAAACUUGUAUCCAUACUGUAUAUAUACCAAUUCAUUAUACCUCAGAAUGUUUUUGCUAUAUAAAUGUUAGGUGAAAAUAAUUUGCUAUUCUGAAUAACGCUAGCCGUGGAAUAGUUUCUGAACUAUCUGCCCUAGGGAAAUAGUCUCGAAACUAUUUACCGGGUGCUAUACUUUCCCACGUUUUCUUUUCAGUGAUAUUAAAGUCUGAUAACUCUAUUUAGUUUACUUUGAUAUGUCUGACACAAGUAAAUUAUAGUCUACUUUGGUAUAAUAAAACACCUAUUUACUGACUAUUUGGACAAUAACAAUUUUAUUGUCCACCUUGGGAAAUUGUUGCUGUCUUGGGGGACAAUAAACUUGCUAUUGUCCGAAUAGCCAAUAAAUAGUUGUAUAAUACAUUUCAAAGAGUGAAUAUAUGUAUAAAGCACUAGAUUCCAACAACACCUGAUAUCUAAAAGUAUCCACAAAAUGGACACAAUGUCAAAUACACAAAUUAUAAAAAUAUAUAUAUAUUAAAAAUUACCAUUGACACAAAUAAAUAGAUUGUUAAAAAUGUGUCAUUGGUCAUUUUAGUGCUUUAUAUAUAUACAUGUGUAUAUACUGAUUGGUUUUUGGCUCUCCUGAGCUGAAAGCUCAAGUGAGCUUUUCUGAUCGCCUGUUGUCCGUUGUGUGUCCAUCUAUAAACUUUUUACAUUUUCGACUUCUUCUCCAGAACCACUGGGCCAAUUACAGUCUGAUUAAAACCAGCCCCCCCCCCCUUUCCCCCCCCCCCUUCUUCUAUCCGCGUCAGGACGACGAUAGGAGAAGGGGGGCUGGUUUUAAUCAGACUGGGCCAAUUAUAACCAAACUUGGCUAAAAGCAUCCUUGGGUGAAGGGUAUUCAAAUUUGUUCAAAUGGAGGGCCAUGCCCCUUCAAAUGGGAGAUAUUUGCGAAAAUAGGGUGGGGUCAUUUAAAAAUCUCAAUAGAACCACUGGGCCAGAAGAGCUGAAAUUUAGAUGAAAGCUUCCUGGCAUAGUGUAGAUUCAAGUUUGUUCAAAUCAUAGCUCCCGGGGGUUGGAUAGGGCCACAAUAGGGGAUCAAAUUUUACAUACAAAUAUAUAUAGGGAAAAUAUUUUAAAAUCUCAAAAGCUACCAGGCCAGGAAAGUGGAAAUUUACAUGAAAGCUUCCUGACAUAGUGUAGAUUCAAGUUUUUAAAAAUCAUGGCCCACGGGGGUAAGAGGAGGCGACAAUAGGGAUCAAAGUUUCACAUUCAAAUAUAUAGGGAAAAUAUUAAUCCUCUCAAAAACUACUGGGUCGGAAAAGUGGAAAUUUACAUGAAAGCUUCCUGACAUAGUGCAGAUUUAAGUUUGUGAAACUCAUGACUCCUGGGGUUAGGAUUGCACCACAAUAGGGGAUCAAAGUUUUACAUAACUAAUAAAUAGAAAAAAUCUUUUUAAAAAGUUCUCCUUUAGAACCGUUAGGCUAAAGAAGUUUACCUUUGCAGAAAAGCUUCUUGACAUAGUGCAGAUUGAAGUUUGUAAAAAUCACGGUCCCCGGGGGUAAGAUGGGGCCACAGUAGGGGAUCAAAAUUUUACAGGUGAGUGAUGUGGCCCAUGGGUCUCUUGUUAUACCUCGUUUCAAAUUCAUAAUGGUUUACAUAGCUUUAUAAAUCUCAAAUGAACUUUUUUAAUAAAAUUAUUUUUAUUUUGGGCGAGAAUUGUUGUCCAUUAAUGUGAUAAUUCUUUAUAGUGUUGUAUUGUUUUCAUUAUUGAAUAUACAAAUCUGGUCAUGUAUUUAAGGUUUUUAAAAUUAAUCAGACUUGAGGGUAUCUCAAAAUGUGAUAAUUUCAUGAUUUUGAUUUUGAUUUUAGGAGUCAUAUAUGUAAUCAAACAAUGUAGAUGUGACUUUUAAUCUCAGGUGAGCUGGAUUUAUUUCCUGGUGAUCUGUUUAUCAGUGUUUGUAUUUUUUAAAUAAAUAGAUAUUUUAUAUCAA